UGCUGCUGGAGCUGGCCUCCAACACAAAGGGGCACGACGCCUCGUAUUCUGCUGGGAAAGGGACCCAGCGGGCCUGGGAUUUCGAGGCUUUUUUGUGGGAUUCUAUCACCGGAACAUCGCCGCGAUAAAGCUGCAAAGACUUGCUGCAGGCAGCGUGGACGGACCCAGGACAGGACUUCCUGAGGAAGCAGAGAGCCAGAGGAACAGACCUCAGACGGAGGAGCUUGAGCCGGUUCCUCUGAAGGAGCGUGUAGCGAUGUAUCAGGCCGCUGUGUCCAAGACGGAGGGAGCCAGCUGCUCCAGCGCGGUCAUGGAAGAGAGUGAAGCCUGCUCAUUGCCGGGUGGACUGGCCAGUGUGAAGAGACAAUUCGAGAGCAAAGACAUGUCGUCUUCACAAAGCACCGUCACCCAGUUCUACUUCAAAAACAGAUCCGUGCAGGACACAUCCGAUGUGACAGCAAGGAGCAGUGCCAGGGAACUCUUCCCUUCCUCUCAGCAGGUGACAUUCUUUCAGGAUGAAAAGGUCUCACACGAUCAGAGUGUUCACCAGAGCAGUGUUGCCUCCAGCUAUGAAAACCAUUAUGAUGAAAUGGUGAGACUCAGUGGAGAUGAAGACUCACCAAAGAUUUCCACUCAGGCUCUGAAGGAGCAGUUCGAAAGAUCCAUUGAGGAGGCAACUCCGACCAAGCAAAUAAAGAUUGAGCUUGAUUACAACCAGAUUCAGUGGGAUCCGGUUGUAAGUGUUUCCUCUAGAGCCUCAGCUGGAAAGAUGUACGAAACUUCAACCUUGACUAGGAGAGUAGGGGGGAACGCCGCCACCUCCGCCUACGGAAGCAUGGAACACUUCCCUCCCCCACCCCCAGACCUAUUGCAGGUGUCCUCCGAUGUUCCAGACAGGUGCUGCUCACCAGAACUACCUGAACCAACCUGCACACCCAAAUACGUGGUAAACAAGGAGCAGUACUCCAAGCAGAGGAACCUGUAUGAGCUCAAACGCCUCUAUAAGCACAUCAACCCAGAGGUACGGAAGAACCUGGAGAGGGAUUUCUUCAGCGACGUCACAGAGAUCGAAGGGAACCAGCUUGAGAGCCAGGAGGAGAUAGGUGAUGUGCAGCAGGCCAGGUACGUGUUUGAGAACACGGGUAACAGUCCGAACAAGAGCAUGAGCCCAGAACGGGAGUACCUGGAGUGGGACGAGAUCCUCAAGGGGGAGGUGCAGUCCAUGCGCUGGAUGUUCGAAAACAAACCGCUGGAUCUGAUUAAAGACGAAUCUCCGGAUGAGGAUAACGUGAAGAACAUCGCCCAGCAGGAAAUCAUCGCGGGCAGUGACGUCAAGUACACGGCAUGGAUGUUUGAGACCCAGCCUAUGGAUGCUUUGGGUUCAGACACCCCGGACUCCAUUAAAAAGACCAGAAGGUUUCCUGAGCUGGCGAGAGGAGACGUACGCACUGCCACCUGGCUGUUUGAAACGCAGCCGAUGGACGCUCUCAAUAAGAUCCACCAGGAGGAGGAGCAAACCGCAGAGCUCAUCUACACACAUGAAGUAACUGGAGGUGACGUCAAAACCACCAGGUACCUGUUGGAAACGCAACACCUGGACUCCCUAGGCCACACCGAAACAAUUGAUGAAAACCACUUCCUGAAUCUCAAAUCAGAGCUGGAGGAAAUGAAGGGAGACGUGAAGAUGACGACUAAGAUGUUUGAAACGCAGCCUAUGUGUGUUAUCAGGGGAGACUCGGGUCAGAUGUUGGAGAUUACAACUGUGCGCAGAGAGGAAACCGAGAAAGGGGAUGUGAAGACCUCUCGCUGGCUCUUUGAAACCCAGCCUCUGGACAUGAUCAAUAAAGAUCCCUCUCAAGUGAAGGUGAUUUGCAGUGUGUCCAUGGAGGAUAACGUCAAGGGCGGUGUUAACUUGGGAAGAUGGCUGUUUGAGACAAAGACUUUAGACUCCAUAAAAGAUGAAGACUGGCAAAGCUCUAAGCAGGAAAAGGAAGAGAUCAUUGGUGCUGAUGUCCGCAAACACUGCUGGGCGUUUGAGACUCAGCCUAUGGACACUUUGAAAGACAAUUCAAACGCCAGACCGGUCCCUACUGAGGAAAUCAUAGGGGGUGAUGUGCGGUCAGCUAGACAUUUGUUUGAAACUGUUCCAAUGGCGGCCCUGAAGGAUAGUCCUGAGGUUGGUAAACUUCAAAAGGUUGUUGCAUCUGAGGAGGAAAAAGGUGAUGUUAGACAUCAGAGGUGGGUCUUUGAGAGUCAACCACUCGAGCACAUCAGAGACGAGAAGAAGGAAUUCAUACGGACAGUGAACCUAGAAGAACUCGACAAAGGUGAUGUCACAAACUACAAGGAAAGAUUUGAAACCAUGGAUUUAAGCAGAUGUGAUGCAACUCAAAAGAUUCAAGUUGAAGGUGUCACUAGUGGGUCUGUGAAAUCAAACAAAGUUCUUUUUGAAUCUACACCCAUGUAUGCGAUGCAAGACAGCUCUGGCCAUUACCAUGAGGUAAAAACAGUGAGAAGGGAAGAGAUAGUCGAGGGAGAUGUCAGACGCUGUAAGUGGAUGUUUGAAACGCAGCCAAUUGAUCAGUUCGAUGAAAGCAUCAAACAUUUCCAGAUCAUUAAGGGGAUAUCCAAACAAGAGAUCGAAUCAGGCGAUGUGAAAACUGCCAAGUGGCUAUUUGAGACACAGCCAUUAGAUUCCAUUAAAUAUUUCAGCAAUGUUGAGGAUGAAGAGGGUGUGACUAAGGAGAAUGACAUCGUGAGUGGGGAUGUCAAAACGUGCAGGUGGCUGUUUGAGACUCAGCAAAUGGAUGCACUGUACGAGAAGGAGGAGGUGAACAAAGCGGAAACUGAGGAAAUCUAUAAAGGCGAUGUGAAGACCUGCACUUGGCUCUUUGAGACACAGAACCUGGAUACUCUGAAGGAUGAGUCUGAGACCGUCCUGAAGACACGCACAGUUGAGCAGGAGGACGUCCAGGGCAAAGACGUGCGCAUGGCCCGUUUCCUUUUCGAGACGGAAAACCUCGAGAACAUCACAGGCGAAGAGAGCAGCACAGUUAAAAGGGUCACUGAGAUAGAUAUUCAAUCUGGGGAUGUGUCCAGAAUGAAGUAUAUAUUUGAAAACCAGUCCUCUGACAUAGUGACUUCAACUUCUGAGGAAAUAAUGCUAAAGCUGAAGGCUUCUCAGAAGGAGGACAUUCAGAAAGGAAAUGUGGUUAAUUGCAAGUGGAUGUUUGAAAACCAGCCAAUAGACACUAUCCGUGAGAUUACCGAAGAGCCCAGGGACACGCGUACGGUGACAGACGUGCAGGGAGGUAAUGUCGACAAAGGCCGUUUCAUUUUCGAGACCAUCUCUUUGGAUAAAAUUCAGGAAGAGUCCUCUGAAGCGGAAAUGACGCAAAUUCAGAAAAUCAUCCGUGAGGACAUAGAGAAGGGGGAUGUCAAAAACUACACCAUGAUGUUUGAAACUCAGCCACUGUACGCAAUCCGAGACAAAGAAGGUCACUACCACGAGGUCACAACUGUCACUAAGGAGGAAACCAUGCGGGGUGAUGUAGUGGGUGCCAGGUGGCUGUUUGAAACAAAACCUCUUGAUUCAAUAAAGGACACAGAUGAGGUCUAUGUUAUUAAAGCUGUCACCGAGGAAGACAUCCAGAAAGGAGAUGUGACUUCAGCCAGGUGGAGAUUUGAAACACAACCUCUUGAUGAAAUAACAGAGGACAUGAAAGUCUCAGUAAAAACUGUUGCAGACAUUCAAGGGGGAGAUGUGAAAAUGAACAAAAAGCGUUUUGAGAGAGACGAGAUGUCCCAAAAGUAUGUCAGAACAGUUAGUGUAAGCGAGAUCCAGAAGGGUGAUGUUAGAACUGCUACGUGGAUGUUUGAAACACAUACAAUCGAUAACAUCCGUGGCGAGGGGUCAGAAUACGAGGAGAUGGAGAAGGUGACAAAGGAAGAGGUGCUAAAAGGAGAUGUUAAGCAAUCGGUGUGGCUCUUUGAAAAACAGCCCCUUGACAGUAUAAGAGAAUCAGACGAAACCGAUGUUGUGGUAACCCGUGAGGAGAUUCCUCAGGCAGAUGUCAAGACGACAACAUGGCUUUUUGAAACAACUCCAUUCCAUGAAUUUAAUGAAAGCAGUGUAGAGAAGAGAGAAAUCAUGGGCAAAAGCAUAAAAGACACCCUUGAGGAGCUGUACAGUCAGAAAAUGGUCAACUCACAAGGAAUACUUAUUGAAGCUGAUGAGAUUGGUGAUGUUAGAAUGGCAAAAUACAAGCUCAUGAAUCAAGAGGCUCCUCAAAUUCAGAGAGAGGAAAUCCUCAGAGGGGAUCUGAGCAAUAUAAUGAUGAAUCUCCUGAACAAACAGGAAAAAACCGAGAGGGGAAUCACCAUAGAUGAGGAGGAGAGAGGUAACAUCAACACAACAGUGAAACAGCUCUUCAGCCAAGAGAUGGGUCUGAACGUUCAGAAAGAGGAAAUAAUCAGGGGCGAUAUUCAGGAAGCAAUACACAAGCUGCUAAAGAAAGAAGGAUCCAACAAACGUGGUAUUCUCAUUGAGGAGGACGAGAAGGGAGACGUGAGGAUGACCAUAUAUUCACUUCUCAACAAAAGAGAGGAAAACGGACUCGAUAAAGAGGAUGUUGUCAGGGGCGAUGUAAAACAAGCUCUCCACAGACUUCUGUCAAACUCGGGCAGCACCGAACAGUCAAUGAAGAUCAAAGUGAGCGAAACGGAGCGAGGGAAUGUGAGCUUUUACUCCACCUGUAUUGAGUCUGGAGCUCUGGACUACCUCAAACAGCUGCAGACUGAGCCAGACGACACCCUGCUGGGAAAGGAGGAUAAAGAGAGGAUCGUUGGCGGUGAUGUCGAAGGGACGAAACGCAUGCUGAGCAGCAGUCAGGCUCAGAUUGAGCGCACGGUGACUGCGGACGACAUCGUCCCCGGCGACGUGAACAACACCGUCAAAGUCUUCAUGAUGGAGCCCGUGAUGUCCUCUGAUAACAUGCAAAAGGAAGAAAUCGUGAAGGGAGAUUUAAGAGCUGCCCUUAAUUCGCUGACACAGGCGAUAAACCAGGCGGUGGUGGUUGAGAAGGAGGAGGUGGUGAAGGGUGACAUACCCAUGGCGUUGAGGUCUCUGAAGAAGGCUCAGCACCAAUCGAAGGAAGUUGAGAAGCCAGACAUUGUCCCAGGCGACAUCAAAGGAGCGCUGGAGUCCCUGGAAAAAUCUGCAACCAGCAGGGCUGAAAUUAUCAUAGAAGAUUUAGUGCCUGGUGACAUCAAAGGCACCCUGAAAUCACUGGAGCAGGCGAAGAAGGCUGUGAGAGAAGUGGAAAAAGAGGAGAUUGUUAGAGGUGACAUCCAUACUGCGAUGCAGAGUUUGCGGCAGGCCUCCAAUGAGAAGAAGGUCUUUCAGCAAGAGGAGAUGGUGCAGGGGGAUGUGAGAGGAACCAUACAGCUCCUGCUGGAGCCACCUGCUCCAUCCAGAAUGCAACGCAGGCCAAGUACGGAGGGAGAUGUGAAAAAUUCCAUAAAAUCCCUGUACGACAUGCCAGAGCAAGCUCAAAUGGAGAAAGAAGAGGUAAUAAAAGGAGAUGUUAAAGGCACAAUAAAAAGCCUGCUGCAGGAGACGCAGCAGAGUCGAGCUAAAAUCAGAAUUGAUAAUUCCAGGAAAGUCAGAGUGCCUGUGAAAACUCCAUUACUUUCUCAGCAAGAGACCCACGCAAGCUCAGUUAUGACUAGAGACGAGUGUGAGACAGUAAAUUCAGUUCCCGCUGUUAAGAAUCUGUCUCAGAGCGCUGAAUCACAGAGCAGCGCACAAAAGCACACAAACAUUAAAUCAGUCAAGAGUAAGCCUUUAACCCAGGAGGAUCAUUCUUUUACAACACAAACUGCAGUGAUCAAUAAGUCUCAUACUUCACUGCAGACAAAUGUUAACGAACAAUCAGUGAAACAAAAAGCGGCAGCCUCCACGAUCAUAAAGAAGAAAAAUGUGACCAGUCAGAUGACUGAAUCGCAAACUAGCGUCACUGCAGAGCACACGCAGAGUGUAAAAACAGUCAGGCAGGUUCAGACGGUGGCGGAACACAAAACAGUCACUGAAAAGCAAAACAUCAAGUUCCGUAAUCUUGAAACGGGCCGAAAGGGUCUCAUCACUUCGGAUAAAAAGAAGCAGAAAUCGGAAAUCACUAACCUCCCACCACCACCGCCAUCCCCACCCCCAAUGUCCGAGCCUGAAUUGCCUCUCCCUCCCCCGCCUCCGCCCAUUGCAGAAUCUGACAAUGCAACAUCCCGCCCACCUGUGAUGAGGCAGGACAGUGACCUCCCUCCCCCUCCUCCUCCACCAAUCGAAUCCAUAACAUCUGAGCCUGAACAUUUCCCUCCUCCCCCACCUCCUCCUCCACCCCCAGCACCAGGACAGGACUAUCUCCCACCCCCACCCUCAGAGCAAGAACUACAGCCUGUACCCUCUCAACCAUCAAAGAAAAUUCCAUCUGGAGUCCCCUUGCCAAAGCCAAAACAAGAAGAAUGUCCUCGCCCACCAAGAAAGGUCUUCAUCCCUCCAAUAAAAGUACCACCUCCACCUGAGGAGCAUACACCUGUUAAAAAACCCUAUGUGAGGAAAUUUAAAACCCCACUGAUGAUUGCAGAGGAAAGGUACCGAAAGCAGAAAGAAGAAAGUGAGAAAAACAAGGGGGGCAUAACACCCAUCCAUCCUCCCGACAAAGAGGAGGCACAAGUCUCACUCAGUGUUGUCUCUGAAAAGUCUGCCACUGAGAACAUAGCAAAGGAGCAGUCAGAGACAAGCAUUGCAUCUGAGAUAACUCAGAGCAUAACAGAAGAGCUUGUGACUAAAUUCAAGCCCGCAGUAUCACAUAGUUCACCAGCGCACACGGAAUCCAAAGAUAUUCCCACAAGCAAGCCACUUACCUCCACAGUAAAUCAGAAAACCGCUGUCCUUUCUUCAGCUAAACAGCAAACCACCUCCAGUCAUACUUCUGUCUCCUCCUCAGUUAAACAGCAGACCACAUCCAUUUCAUCCGUGAGGCACCAAACAGUCUCUUCCAGUGAGCAAAAGGUGACUUCUGUUUCCUCUUCACAGUCUCACUCUACUUCUGACGUCCAGUCAUCUGCCAGUGUGGCUUUAGCAGCAGCUUCUGACCACCUUGAAAGCAUUUUGCAGAUCAGCUCAGAAGACGAUAUUCCUAAGAAGGACAUUAUUCAAGAGUUUGUAAAUCUUAAAAGUGAAGCUUCUCCAAACACAGACAAGUCUAAGGAAAAUGACAGUUCUGUAGCUCAGGCCCUAGAGAAAGUUCCCCCGCCCCCAUCCUCUUCUAACAAAAUUCCGAAAGUGACACCCAGUUUCAAGGUUAAACCACAGACGGCACCGAAAGUUGAAAAAACAGGAAAGCAAGAAGAAAAUAAAGAUGUCAAGACAGAAAUCAAGGGUGCAGACACAAGCGCAGAGCAGUUAAGUCAAAAAAGGGAAGAGAGUACAUUACAGGUGCAUAGUGUCAAAGCAGUUCAGGAAAUUACCCAAACAGUAACUACUGUGCAGGAACAGACAACAACUGAAGUGAAAGGGGAAACGCUUGAGGAGCACAAGCAAAAAGAAAAGACUGCAACCACAAAGGACAGCAAGACGGAAAAUCAAACAAAAAAGUCAAAGCGCAAAUCAAAGAAGGAGAAAGAGGCAAAGCAGCAGACACUGGUUAAAGCCGCCAAAGAGACAAAGCCACCUGGUUCAGUCAAGGCAGCCCCCGAGCAGGAAGAAAUAAGCACUGUUCAGACACACAAAGCCAUUAAGGAAGAGCGCGUUCAGGUCACGGAGGAAGUGGUCAUUACCGAAAGUAAAGUUCAGCAAAGUUUCCAGCAGGAGAGCACAGGUCAGCUUCAGAAGCAGACGAAGUCGUCUAAAAAACAGAAGGAGCAAACAACCAGCAAACAGAGGGUUCAAGAUAAAUCAAGCGAAGACAGUGAGGAUGCUCCAGCCACACUGACAGGCAAUCAAGCUGAAAAAGAAGCUGCUGCGCCUUUGAAAGCGGGCGCAGAGGCUACACAAAAACGUGAUGAAGUCAAGAAGUUACUGUCUCAGAUAAAAAAACUGCAGGGAGCCUCGGGAAAAAUCAGCUCAGAAUCUGUGAAGAGACUGCUGGGUAAUGUACCAGAGUGGCUGAUUGGGCCAGAGGAAAAGAAUGAUUUGGAGGCGGUUGCAGUUGAGCAUAAUAUUCAGAGGCUAAAAGAGAUCAUAGUGUAUGUGAGAAAUCUAGCACAAGCUAAACUUUUAUAUUUAGAUGAAAAUAUGGCGUCCUUGGAAAAGCAUGAAAGUGAACCCGUAUCUGAGAAGAAAGUUACAAGUGGAGCAACACCAAAAACAUCUAAAUUAAGCGCUGGCUCUGCUAAGCCUGAAACUGAAAAGGGUACAGGAGAAGCAAAAAAGGCUUCACGUAAAAAGAAAAAACAAGAUUCAAGUGGAGGGAAAACAGAUGAUCUCAGAGACUCUUCUCCCCUAAUAGGACUGAGCUCUCCAUCUCCCGCUGUCAUCACCAAUGAGUCCAUGAGAACAGAUUCUCCUCUUCAGUCUGAUACACCUACACCUGAGAUCAAAGAGGACACAACCUCUUCAACAUCUAAUCAACCCGAUGAUCCAGCCAAGCUGAGUACCACCUUGGCUGAGAGCUCACACAGAGAUUCCCCCCCUCUGACCCCACAACCACUGGAGGUUACGAAAAUAUGUGAGCCUGUGGAAAGUCCACAGCUGUUCCGUGAAGACAAAGAUGAGUCAGAAGUGGCGGUAGUGAGUGGGUCAGUGAGACACAAGAAAGAGUUCUUUGAAGAGGCUCAGAAGGCAGAGGUGAACAAGACUUAUGUACGGAAGGAUCCUAUUGACAUCCCAGAGCGCUUGGGUCCAGACACAGAGGAGCCUGAGAUUGAAAACCCGGAGAAGGAGUUCGUAGAGCCUCCGUGGGUUGACCUCUUGGGACUCGUCCAUAAAUUUGAAUCACCAUCUCAUAUGUCGGUGGUGAACGCGACCCAUGUGCGGAAAGAUCCUAUUGAAAUACCAGAGCGCUUGAGCGCAGAUAUAGAGGAGACUGAGAAUAAAAAUACAGAGAAGGAGCAUGAAGAACUUCCAAAGGUGGACCUGUUGGGACUUGUCCACAAAUUUGAAUCACCGGCUCAAAUGUCUGAUGAGAACAGGCAGAAGGAUCCCCUUGACAUCACAGGUCACUUUGGGAUGGAAAGGGAAGAGACUGAAAAACACCCAGAGAAAGAGCAGGAGGAGCUUCCGAGAGUUGAUCUGUUGGAACUCGUCCACAAAUUUGAAACACCGUCGGAGAUGACUGAUGUGAGCAGACGAAAGGAUCCAAUUGAUAUCCCAGAGCGCUUGGGUCCAGACAUGGAGGAGACUGAGAACGUACUCCCAGAAAAAGAACACGAGGAACUUCCAAAGGUUGACCUGCUAGGACUCCUCAACAAAUUUGAGUCACCUGAACAGAAGGUCUACGUAAGAAAAGAGCCAAUCAGCAUACCUGAGAGACUUGGGAGUGACACAGAGGACACAGAAGCUGAAGAGGACAAAAAAACUACCCAAAUGGAAGAAAUUCUAUCUCUUGAUAUUAAGGCAAUUAAAACUGUCUUUGAGGCUGAUCAAAAUGUGCAUGUCAAGCAGCAAAAAAUUAGACAGGAGAAGCUUGAUUCAGAGGUGAGUGAAAUUAUGACUGGUGAUUCAAGGGAGACAAAUACCUCAAGGCAAGAGAGGGACUCCUGGCAGAGUUCUCCUCUACCUGAUCAAAAGGAUCCAUUUGGACCAGUAGGGUUUUCCGAAACAAAGUCUACCAUGGAGCAGUUCUCAAGCGUUGAUGAGUUUGGCAACAAGCUAAGCGGAACGAGGAGUACGGCAAACGUCUCCCACCAUUCGGAAAGUCCCACCCCUCAGCGUUCUCCCCUGUCAUAUGCAGAUGUGGUGAGACGGAAGACAUCUGGGCUGGAUGAGUCUGCCAGUGUCUCUCACAGUGAAUUUCAGAAAGUGUGUACAGAGAGUGAGAGCACUUUCACAAGCCUUACAUACAGCGUCUGUCAAGAAAGUACGUCGCAGACGGUGUCUCACAAGGAAGAAACUGUCAUGACUGAAAAUUCGAGUUCCAGAAUCAGAGCUGUGCAGGGUAUGUCGGAAGAGGGUCUAUCCGAUGGAGUCUUUGAUUGCGGACAAACAAAACUUCCAUAAAUCCUGUUUCUGCUGUGAGCAUUGCAGAAGUAAAUUAAGCCUUGGCAACUACGCCUCCCUCCAUGGACGUAUGUACUGCAAACCACAUUACAAACAGCUAUUCAAGUCCAAAGGCAAUUAU